UUUAAACUCUUAAGCUAUAAAUCGUAAAUUUUUUAUAAUACAGCGAUCAAUUUGAGCUAAUGAUUCUAUUUUUAAGGUUAAAUUUGUGACACACACGGGUCACAAAAACAAAAAUAAAGAAUCAUUUACUAAGUAAUAUAUGUGGAAAUUCCUUCUACGCGUAAACCUACUAAUCACGCUAUUUUAAUCUUUGGAUUAGACAAAACUACAUCCAUAAAAGAAAAAGAAAAAAAUUAAACAAACACACAGCCGCAUCAAUCAAUCACUACCCAAAAAUACGCGCAAAAAAUAAAUAAAUAAAAAAAAGAAAACAAAUGAAGCAGACAACAGAGCAUACACCAUCCUCUAUAUAAGCCAAAAACCAACGCUCAAAACCAUCUCUCUCUUUCCUCUCCCCCCUUCUCUCUCUCUGUAGAACCAGCCAUGGACGAGGCACCAUCACCAUCCAACACCUCGCCGGAGCUCAACCUCGAAAACCUCAAAGCCCUCAAGGUCUUAGGGAAGGGAGCCAUGGGCACCGUCUUCUUGGUCCACGACCCGUCGUCCGACCCGUCUGCCCGCUGCCCGUUCGCUCUCAAAGUUGUCGACAAGUCCUCUCUCCGCUCAAAGCUCGACGCCGAGCGCCGCGCCCGCUGGGAAAUCCAGGUCCUGACCCGACUGUCAGAUCCGAACCCGCACCCAUUUCUGCCUUCCCUCUUGGGGUCGUUCGAAUCCGACGAGUUCAUGGGCUGGGCCGUCCCUUACUGCCCCGGCGGCGACCUCAACGUCCUCCGCUACCGCCAAAACGACCGCGUUUUCUCCCCCGCCGUGAUCCGGUUUUAUUUGGCCGAGAUAGUCUGCGCGCUCGAGCACCUCCAUUCCAUGGGGAUCGCUUAUCGGGAUUUGAAGCCAGAGAACGUGCUCAUCCAACAGUCCGGUCACGUGACCCUCACGGACUUCGACCUUUCUCGAAGCCUCAAGCACAGAACGGUAAAACCCGACGUCGUUUUGGAGGACGACGCCCCCGACAUUCGUCGUAAACACCGGAGGCACCUGACACGUUGGCUCACGAUUAUGAACGACAAUCACAGCAAGGGGCUGAAGAAGACCAAGUCCGCCCGAGUCAGUCCCGUGAGUCGCCGGAAGCCGAGUUUCUCUGACGGCGAGCGAGCGAACUCGUUUGUCGGGACGGAGGAGUACGUGUCGCCAGAGGUGGUGCGAGGGGAGGGUCAUGAGUUCGCUGUGGACUGGUGGGCCCUCGGGAUUCUCACUUACGAGGCGCUCUACGGAACGACGCCAUUCAAGGCCAAGAGCCGGAAGGAGACGUUUCGAAACGUCUUGACGAAAACGCCCGAGUUUAUCGGGAAACGGACGGCGCUAACGGACUUGAUCGAACGGCUGUUGCACAAGGACCCCACCAAGCGGUUGGGGUACGCCAGAGGCGCGAGCGAGAUCAAGGAGCACGAGUUCUUUCGCGGCGUGAGGUGGGACAUACUAACGGAGGUUACACGGCCGCCGUUUAUUCCGUCUCGCGAGGAUGGGGACUUAACGGAGAAAGCCACAGCUGGGGGAGUGAGCGUGAGGGAUUAUUUUCAAAAGUUGAGGUCUCCGCCGUCGAUGCCGCCGUCACCAGAUUGUCAAUUCACGGAGUUCUGACACACGUGUGAAAACGUACACGUGUAAGAAAUUAGUAUUGAAAAAAAAUUGUGUAGCCUCUGUAUAUAGAAUAACGGUAGACGGCCUGUAACUUUGAGAAGCAAUAGAUUAUAUAAUUAGCUAGACUUGUACCAUAUACGGAUUCAAAGGGUGUACAACUUUUUUUAUAUAUGUUUUUAUAGUGGAAGGAAUCGAACUUUUGACCUAACUUAA